AUGGCAUCGCCACAGAUCAAGCUUAACAACGGCAAGCAGAUGCCGCUUGUCGGGUUUGGCCUCUGGAAGGUCAACAAUGAUACCUGCGCCGAUCAGGUCUACAAUGCCAUCAAGACUGGUUACCGCCUCUUCGAUGGUGCUUGCGAUUAUGGCAACGAGAAGGAAGCCGGCGAAGGUGUAGCACGCGCGAUCAAGGACGGACUUGUCAAGCGUGAAGAUCUCUUCAUCGUCUCCAAGCUCUGGAACUCUUUCCAUGACAAGGAGCGCGUUGCACCAAUCACUGAGAAGCAGCUCAACGACUGGGGCAUUGACUACUUCGAUCUCUUCAUCAUCCACUUCCCAAUCGCGCUGAAGUACGUCGACCCAUCCGUUCGAUACCCACCCGGUUUCUACGACGAAAACGACAAGCUCUCCCUCAGCAAGGCAACUCUCCAGGAAACUUACCACGAGAUGGAAAAGUUAUACGAGCGCGGUUUGAUCAAAGCCAUCGGUCUCUCCAACUACAACGGCGCCCUCCUCCUCGACGUCGAACGCUACGCCAAAACCAUGCCCCAGGUCCUCCAAAUCGAACACCACCCCUACCUCGUCCAACAAGACUUACUCGAUCUCUGCCAAAGCCGCGGAAUCGCCGUCACCGCAUACUCCUCUUUCGGCCCACAAUCCUUCCUCGAACUCAACAUGCAAAAGGCAAAAGACACCCCUCUCCUCUUCGACCACACCGAUAUCAAAACCCUCGCAGCCAAACACGGCAAAUCCCCGGCUCAGAUCCUCCUUAGAUGGGCCACGCAGCGUGGUAUCGCUGUGAUUCCUAAGAGCAAUAAUCAAAACCGCCUGGCGCAGAACCUUGAUGUUUGUAGUUUUGAUCUUGAGGAUGCGGAGAUUAAGCAAAUCUCGGCUUUGGAUCGGGGGCUCAGGUUUAAUAAUCCUUUGAAUUAUGGUAUUCCGGUCCCGAUCUUUGCGUGA